GGAGUUACAACAUCACAGUUCUUGGUCGCUCUACCUGGAUAUAUUGUACCUUCUUACUUCUCAGCCCAUGCGAUAGAAUUUCCACAGAGACCUACAACCCCUCUACCGCGCGACCACCGCAACCAUGCUCUUCUUCAGCUUCUUCAAGACCCUCACGAACCAGACUGUCAUUAUCGAGCUCAAAAACGAUAUUCGCAUUCGGGGAACUCUGAAAUCGGUCGAUCAGUACCUCAACAUCAAGCUGGACGAUGUCGACGUCCUAGACCUGGACAAAUAUCCCCAUCUUUCGUCGGUCAAGAACAUGUUCAUUCGAGGCAGUGUGGUGCGCUACGUGGUGCUUCCCCGGUCGGAGGUCGACGUUGGUCUUUUAGAGGAUGCUACGAGGAGAGAAGCUGCAAACCAGGCCGGAAAGGCUCGAUGAUUUUUCCACGAUCGAAACCACCUAAUUUUUUUUUUCUUUGUUCAAUAACGAUGCGAUGUUGCGACUGCGUAUGCGGAACGAACCGAAUUUCUUGUCUUGUACUGAUGAUCCAUCCGGAACCCAGCUUGGAGGAAAAUCCAGGUCGUGGAGGAGAGAAAUGGGCUGUUACAAUUUGGGGUCAGGAAUCGGAGGAGUCGGGCGCUGCGACCGGGAGGGUUUUCUCUGCCCCGGAUUCACCAUAAAUGUGGGAUAAAUUCCCUCCGAAUAUGGCCAUUCGAUUUAGAGAUGCGGUUAUAAGCAGUACGCUUGAUCUGAACGUGUCUUGAUCCUCCAUAGCAAAGACGAACGGAUUGAAUUCCUCGAAUUUAGUAUUUCCCUCUAC